UCACGCGCAAAGCAAGCGCAUUGUGUUUGUUUUGACUUUUGUUAUUUUCGUUCGUGAAAUGUAUCAGCCCGCGCUAAAGUAUUCUAAGUAGUGUACUCGUGAUCAAACACGCUGACAAUGGUUUUAGUCCUUUUGUCAUUGAUAGGUAUAGCAACCACACUCUUCAUCACACAUCUGAAACUAACCAACUUCAAACAACUGCCCGGUCCCCCGGAAUGGCCCGUACUAGGAAGCUCGCUGGAAUUCGUGAAUUUAAACUCCGUUGCCAUAUUCAAUCUGCUACGACAGUACGCUCGUGUGUAUGGUAAAGCGUAUAAAAUAUGUUUCGCAUACGACUACACGUUGGUGUUCGCAAAACCGGAGAUUGCGGAGCAAAUAUUGAACACACAUUCAUACGCCUCAAAAUCGGAAGAUUAUGACAAAGUCGCCGAAUGGGUCGGAAAUGGACUGCUCAUCUCGAAGGGUGAAAAAUGGUUUGCUCGGCGAAAAGUGUUGACACCGGGAUUUCAUUUUAAAAUAUUCGAGAGCUUUACACGUGUGUUCAGCGAACAGAGUGAUGUUCUAUGUCGCCAAUUGGCUACGUUUGAUGGAACACCAGUGGAUAUUUUUCCACAGCUGAAACUGUUCACCCUGGAUGUUCUUUGCGAAACGGCUCUUGGCUAUAGAUGUCAUGCUCAAACCGAGGACUCGUUUUAUCCCGCAGCAGUGGAGGAAAUCAUGUCAAUUCUGUAUUGGCGAAUGUUUGACCUCUUCGCCAUUUACUUAUUUCGCUUUACGAAAAAGUUCGGCCGUUUUAAAACGCUUGUUAAUCAAACAAAGCAGUUUACGCUACGAAUCAUUCAUGAACGAAGAGAUAUGCUGGAUAGAACAUCAAGUAAAGAGAGCACAGAGUUUGAUGCUGAUUCUGGACGAAAGAAAAUGGCGCUUUUGGAUAUUCUAAUCCAAUCUACUGUGGAUGGUAAAGCCCUCUCAGAUGAGGAUAUUAGGGAAGAAGUUGAUACAUUUACCUUCGCCGGUCAUGACACCACUGCAUCAGCAUUAACCUUCCUUCUUUUCAAUAUCGCCAAACACACUGAGGUUCAGCAAAAGAUGGUAGAUGAAAUAAAUGCUGUGGUUGGACACAACUUGCGGGAGCUAACUUUGCACACUCUCAAUGAUCUCCACUAUAUGGACCUGGUAAUCAAAGAAUCACUCCGAUUAUUUCCUCCCGUUCCACUAAUAGCCCGACUUGCCACUGAGAAUACUGAGAUUGAAGAUAUAAUUAUUCCGAAGGGAACCUGCGUGUGUAUCAACAUUUUCGAAAUGCAUCGGGAUCCAGAGUAUUUCGAAGACCCUGAAUGUUUCAUUCCUGAACGAUUCGAAUCUCUUGGAGAAAAAAUAAAGUACAAUCCUUUCACUUACAUUCCAUUCAGCGCUGGGAGCAGAAAUUGCAUCGGUCAAAAAUUCGCACAAUACGAAUUAAAAGCAUCUCUCACGAAGAUUCUUCAGAGUUUUCACUUGGAACUGCCAUCGCCCAUUUAUGAACCAAUACUAAAAGCUGAAAUAGUUCUGAAACCAGCCGCUCAGUUGCCAAUACGAUUUGUUAAACGGACUUUCUGAUUCAUAUAAUUACCGACAGAUAUUUUUUAAAACAGUGAUUUAAUCUCUAAAAAUAAAGUUACAAGACUCCAUCAUAGUCACAAUA